AUGUCUAAGCUAAAGCCAGGGAAAAGAUCAAGAAGAUCAACUCAAAACCUCGAGUUUGCGGAAUCUCGAAGAUCAACACAAAACUUCGAGUCUGCAGAAUCUCGAAGAUCAACACAAAACUUCGAGUCUCCAGAAUCUCGAAGAUCAAUACAAAACCUCGAGUUUGUAGAAUCUCGAAGAUCAACACAAAACUUCGAGUCUGCAGAAUCUCGAAGAUCAAUACAAAACCUCGAGUUUGUAGAAUCUCGAAGAUCAACACAAAACCUCGAGUUUGCAGAAUCUCAAAGAUCAACACAAAACCUCGAGUUUGCAGAAUCUCGGAGAUCAACACAAAAUCUCGAGUUGGCAGAAUCUCGAAGAUCAACACAAAACCUCAAGUUUGUAGAAUCGCGAAGAUCAACGCAAAACCUCGAGUUUGCCGAAACUCGAAGAUCAUCUCGAUCCCUCCUUGAGUCUUCAUUUUCUCCUCGAGAACAGGAAAAAAUGUUCUUCAAAGAUAUAUCCCUCCCUUCUCCUGGUAGCUACCAGAGUAGAGGUGAAAUGAAUGACGGGAAACUAGCUCCUGUAGGAUAUACUCAGAGUAUUCCUCUCAACCUUCAAGCACACAGUACUGGCCGGAGAAGUUCAUGUUUCAACUUCCUUCCUUCCAAAGAUCACGAACUACGAAGAUCUGACCUCAACUUGACCUCCCCACCCCUACUAGACCACCAGACCAGUAGCUCUGCCAGGGUUCAAGGUACACCGCGCUCCAGGAGUAGUUUACAGUUGUCUGAAAAUAUCUCCUCCUUCCAACUGUGGACGAAUACAGAUUCAUCUCUAGUACCAACCUGGGAUCCAAUAAACUUGAUGUACGUCAAUACUCCUCAACAAGAAAAGGAUCCUGGUAUACCGUUAGAUGUUUACUACCAGCAUCUAUCUAUAGUACCUGACGUGGUCCUGGAGCUACCCUCAGAUAGUGAUUCAUCCAGACGACCCAGCCAUACAUCUAUGAGUACAUGGUCCGCCUGGUCCCAGCAGUCUAGCAGGAACACUAGCAGGAGAAAUACCCAAGCCUCAAUAUUUGACUCGAUCAAUCCGAGGACGGACCGACGAUCCUCCGACUGCGGAGAUCUGGCGGCUUCUCUUCUCAACGUACCUAAUCUGCAGAGAUCCAGGUCCCGGGGAUCAAGCUUGCCAGGAUUAGAGUCUCCAAGCCUAUACAGGAAACUUUCUUCCUAA